UUCCAUCUUCAUUCGCAUAUUAGUUAGCCGAUUGAACUUACGCUCUGUCCUCUCGUUCACACAAUAACAUCAACAACAACAAUAAUAUCUACAACAACUGAAUACAUCCACUGUAGCAGAGCCUGUGUGUCCUACUACUGCCUGUGUAUUAAUUCAUGGAAACAUGUGUGUUUGUCUCAAUUGCUGUUGUUUUAACAAAGUUAAUCGGCUUUCAGUUGUUAGCGAGAUUUUAUUGUGUACGGUAAGUUUUAUGCAUAGGAAACCAAACAGAGAAAAAAAAAUCGUUGGGCAGAACGAAUUGAAAAUAUUUUUAGAUUUAUAUACUACAAGCACUAUAACAUAUACCGGUUAUUCGUGUUGAUUUAAAGAAGUUCAAAGUAAUGAUGAUAAUAAGUGAUCUGAAAAUAUUGUGAAUCCAAAGGGAAACAAAAUGUCAGUCAAAAUUUCGUAAUUUAGUGUCUGAACAGCACUGAUGAAUAAUAAUUCAACACAGCAAUACUGCAGAUUACAGUGUUAUCAGCGAGUGAACAAUAUUUGUUAUAUCAUUAAUUGCGGAAAAAACAGUGGAAUUGAAGAAUUCACACACAUUCGAAAUGAAACAAUGACGCAAAAGAAGUGAAUAAAAUAAAGUUAUAAAAAAAAUCAAAACAAAUUUUGAAUUAUUAUUGUGUGCUUUGUGCAAACAAUAUUUAGCCGCGUGGCUGAAAAAAUAUCAUGAAGUAAAUGUUUUCCUUGUUAUUAAAACGACAUAUUGAUAAAAUAUCAUCAAGCAAGAAACGCCGCACGCAACGUAUAGUAUGCGAUCACGUAUCUACGUUCAGCUAACACUUACUUCUGUCAAAAAGAUACGAAAAAAAUUUGAGCCGGAUUUUAAAUGAAGUAGAAACGUAAGAAAUUGAAAGCAGUAUGGAACGGAACAGAAUAAUACCAGAAACAGAACGACAACAGAAGCAACUCCAACAAGAACGAGAGCGACAAGAGAACCAAUGCAAUGCAGCGCUGGCCGUUAAAAAACAUUUUGAAGAAUCUCUACGGCGUGCCAAAGAAAAGCAAAUGCAAGCAUGGACAAUCAAUUCUAUUCCUCCGACAUCUCAACAGCAGCCAACUUAUCAGCAACACUAUUUUAUAUCAAAUCGAAAAUCACCUUCGUUAACACAAACAAUGCCAAUCAAAGUUUCAGAGAUUUCAAAUGAAUUUCCUGUAAAGCGCGUAUUUCUGACACAAAAUAAAAAUUCCGCAUAUUUUAAUAGUAAGAACAAUAUAAGUAAGGAACAGUUUCACCAGUCCAGUCAAGCUACUCAAAUUAUUGCUCGAACUCAGAAGCCGGAGUAUAAUCCUACACGGCAGGACAUCGGUGAACAUACAAUAAAAAUCACGCCCGAUGAUAUAACCGAUAUAAAAAACGAUUCAGCUUCCUCUAAUCAAAUACCUGCAUUUACUGGUUAUAAUUAUACAACAACGAUAGAUUAUAAAGACCUUAAGCCAUCAUUAUCCAUUCAACAAUCAAUCGGGGUCAUAGUCAAACAUGAUAUCUCCCAAAGAAUACACGUAGCGCCUCAAAACGUUGAAAAGAUUCAGCCACAUAUGCAACAUCAAAAUUUACCAUCGCAACCAACAGCAUUACAUAGAAUAUACUCAAACGAUUCAACAACGUUGCAGUCGCGUUUGCCUCAGCAAUUACCUCCAUAUAUGAAUGCACAAUCGAAACCAAGGGUUUCAUCGCCAGCACCAUCAAAAAUUUAUGUUUGCCCCGAGUUAAAAAUAAGAACAUUGCAAGAACGAAGAUCCUUCACAGAACCCCCGCCGGCACACUCAAACUAUUUGUUACCCCAGCAUUCGCUACCAUCACAAGAUUUAUCUCUGCCGAACGCAACAUCAGAACAAGCAUCGACAUUAUCAUGCUCGCCCAGGAUCCACAUCCCGAUAUCUUUGGAAGUCGCAAAUGCCGUCCAAUUGAAACCACUUGACCUGGGCUUUUCUGAUCGUCAUCGAAAUGAUGGCGUAGUGGUUCCAACUGAACAGACCGUGCCGCCGUUUGCAGCAGAAUCCAAUGAAAAUGCAUCUAAUGACCUUAUCCAAACAUCUGUGGGGAACAUAAAAAUGCCACACAUAACUGUGGUAACACCACAAAUACAUUCUUCAAAUUCCAUGAAACCAAAUGAUGUGGAUGAUAAUUCAUCUAAUUUGAUUAAUAAUGAUAGAGACAACAGUGAAAAACACGAUGAUACAGAAGUAAUUUCAAAUAGGUUCGAUGGUGACGAUAAAAGUCCGACUGAUGAUAAAUUCGCUCGGCAUUCGUCAAUCAAAAUUCCAAGUCCAAGCUCAUGGCCAAGUCCGAAUUCAAUGCAAAGUGCACCAACAACAACUGAUUAUGAGAAAAGUCUAGAUAUUACAGUGGUUGCACCAAUGCACUUGAAAAAGGCAUGGCUUCAACGACACACCGGUGCAACUAGUACAGGUGAAGAAUGUGAUAAUACCAUCAAUUCAGCACCGACCACUUCUACUACUACUCCAGCUUCUACUGCUAGUACUACAGCCAAUUCGGCUGCGGUCAAAGAACAAGAAAACCCCUCGAAAUCAUCGUCAAAUCCUUCCUCGAACAUAUGCAAAUCAAAAUUGAACAGCAUCACUACAAGAACAGGCAUUACUGGACAAAAUUCCGAUUCCAGCAGUUCAGAUCAGACAGCAAAUAUAGUAAAUCGUAGAAGUAAACGACGAAAAAUUGAGUUUUUGAAGUCUGCCGAAAAAAAGAAGGCAUCACAAGGUACAGGUAUUGCAAGACGUGUUGCUAGUGGAAGUGAUAGAGAGAGUGGUGACAGUGAUAAGGAAAGUUUGUCGGACAAUAGUAUGGAAGCAUCUCAAAGUAAAGAAGUUUUCAAUGAUGUUGGCGAAAAUAGCACCGAUGCUCCUGAAAACAAAGAAACAGGAGCAACGCGGAAACGAGGCCGUCGCCCCAAAGAUGUUAUUGUAAAGAAGAAAAAAAUCACAUACACCAAAAAACCACCGUUAUUUCAGUUGAAAAGAACUGGUGAACCUUUCCUGCAAGAUGGGUCUUGCUUUGAAGUGGCUCCGAAAUUGUCAAAGUGCCGGGAAUGUCGUUGGAUUGCCAAUCAGAAAUCGAAGAACACAUCAAAUAUAUUUUGUCGAUUUUUGGCUUUCAGAAAAUUACGUUACACUAAAACAGGUAUGUUAGCAAUUGCUGGAUUUUCCGACCCGUAUAAAGACCCAACAGACGAGGAUCUCAAACUCUGGAUGCCUGACGCAGAUAAUCCACCAAAAAAUUUGGAUUUGAUACAAGCUCGGUUUCUGCUAGCUAAAGUUGCUGAUCAAUUUUGUGAUCUCUUCUUUCAAGAGAAAAUGGCAAUGCCAGAAAACAUGUCGAGCAGUAAAGUAGUGGCUUGGAAGCGCGUCGUUCAAGGUGUGCGUGAGAUGUGUGAUGUCUGUCAGACCAGCUUAUUCAACUAUCAUUGGGCAUGUAGCAAAUGUGGUUUUGUGGUGUGCAUUGACUGUUACAAAGCUCGAAAAUAUGGCGAAAACAAAGUUUGGAACAAUGAGUGGAACAAUGGAGAAACGGAUGAAUACUCAUGGCUUUUUUGCACGAAUCGGUCAGCUCACAUCCAAGAACGUUUGAUGUUGACGCAAAUCAUAGCUGGUGACUCAUUGCAGGUAUUGGCUCGCCGUAUCCAUCAGGUUCGAGCUCUUUGGAAAAUUCCGCAGAACUGUGCAUGCCUAAUGAGUCGCGAAGAACCGAUCAAAGCAACAAAUGGGGUCUGUAAAGAAUUAAUUCAGUCGAUUUUGAAUGACAACAAACUGAACCAAUGCGAUAAGGUGAUGAAUUUUAGCUCGUCAGAUUCGGAAACAAAUUGUAUAAAAACCGAAUGUGAUGCUAAAAAACUAAAUGAAACUGCAUUGACGCAAGAGGUAUACAAGAGGGAGAAUCUACAGCAAUCAUCUGAACGGAAUGAACAAAAAGUUGAGGACGAUUCGAGUGAUGAUGGUUCAUCGUUAGACGAAAACCAUUCGACUCUUAGAGAUCUUCUCAUUGGUCCCACAUCUAAUAUGGCAGCAACUUCUUCAUCUCCUCCAAACGAGCAAUGCGAUGAUGAACAACAAUUAGUCAACACAAAAUCGGCAAAAAUUUCGCACAAACAACUAUUUGAUGAAAUGAUGGCUAAUACAUUAGAAUCUGUUAAGAAGAAAGUGGACAAUGAUCAUUUGAUCGUUAAGAAAAAAGCAGACAACAUUUAUUCACAUUCACAAGACAAUGAAGAUUUGAUCAACCUUGACUUGAUCAGCAAUCAACCUCGUCGAAAUCGAUACUUGCCGAUACGUGUGAUGACUAUGGCAUUGUCACAGGAGUUGUAUCCUGACGUUAAACACAUGUGGCUAUGCGAGGGAAAACUCUUACGAUUACUUGAUCCAGCGGACAACGCGAAUAAUCUAAAAAUUUUCCAACAACAAUGGAAACGUGGUCAACCUGUCCUCGUAUCUCACGUUGACAAAUGUUUGAACAUUGAUUUGUGGCGACCAGAUUCCUUUUCAAGGGAUUUUGGAGAAGAUGGGAAUGAUUUGGUAAACUGUUUGACCGGAACACUUGUGCCAAAUCAGCCGAUGAAGCGAUUCUGGGAUGGUUUUGAUUGUAUCAACAAGCGAAUCAAGGAUGAAAAUGGCGAACCUAUGCUUUUAAAGCUAAAGGACUGGCCACCUGGUGAGGACUUUUCGGAAACUCUACCAACGCGGUACACGGAUUUAAUGAAAUCUCUACCACUUUGCGAGUACACAAAGCGUAAUGGAAAAUUCAAUCUUGCGAGUCGAUUACCUGAGUGUUUUGUAAAACCUGAUCUAGGCCCCAAAAUGUACAAUGCUUACGGAUCUGCGUCGCAUCCAACAAAAGGCACCACAAAUUUGCACUUGGAUAUUUCCGAUGCUGUCAAUGUCAUGGUUUAUGUUGGAAUACCAAAAGACACUGCCGAUAACCAUGAUUCAAUAAUAAAGGAAGCAUAUCGAGCGAUAGACGAAGCCGGAUGCGAUAUUCUGCAACGGAGGAGAGUUAGAGAAAAAAAUGAACUUCCGGGGGCGUUAUGGCAUAUUUUUGCACCACGAGACGCAAAUAAAAUACGAGAUUUACUUAAUAAAGUUGCAAUCGAACGUGGCGAACGACUGGAGCCAAGUCAUGAUGCAAUUCACGAUCAAAGUUGGUACCUUGAUAGCAAACUUCGUGAACGUUUGUACAGGGAAUACGGUGUCGAGGGAUAUUCAAUUGCACAAUGCCUUGGUGAUGCCGUUUUCAUUCCUGCCGGUGCACCGCAUCAAGUACGCAAUUUGCUAAACUGCAUCAAAGUUGCGGAAGACUUCGUAUCGCCGGAAAAUGUCUCCGAAUGCUUCCACCUUACACAAGAAUUUCGAUCACUCUCAGAUACUCAUUCAAAUCAUGAAGAUAAAUUGCAAAUCAAAAAUAUCAUUUACCAUGCUGCUAAAGAUGCGCUGAGCCUACUAUCCCAUGUACUCGAUGAACGAAUAGCAAAAGAACAAGGAUUUGAUUUAAAACAGGCAAUCAAGCAAGAAUUCAGUGAUGAAAGUGAUCUUGAACGUACUGGCUUCUAAUUUUAUCUUAACGAUCAUCAAUAAGUUGACAUUUUUUUGCGCUUUGUGAUAUUUUGUGUCCGUAACAAAUUAAAAUACGGUAUAAAAAGUUGUUUUAAAUUUUGCAUCUUUCCAAUAUUAUAUGGUCUCAUCAUAUGGAUUUGUAUUUCUUUUCAAAAGUGUGAUACUGAAAUAAAACGAAAUAUUUGAAGCUUUUAACAUAAAAUGUACAAAAUAAAAAUCUUAUCAGUUUAAA